UCCAGCACCAUGGGGAGAGACCGGCUGCUUCACGCAGGUCUAGUCCUAUGGCUCCUCACCUUGGUCACUGCGAUCCAUGGAGAACCGACUCUGAAAACAGCUAGUGUGGGGAAAACGGAAAAUUUAUGUGGCAUCUGGAGAGUAAUAGGAUCUGGGAAAAACGCGGAAAUAGUUCCUGCUUGUCUUGAAAGUUACUUCAUGGUGCUAGUCCCCUCUCUGCUUCAUACCGAGAUCACCCAAAAAGCCUGUGUGUUUAUAAGCCACCUGAAUGAGUCAGUGACUGUGACUGCUACCUUGGAGUUCACCAGAACGAAUGGCAGCACCAUAUUUACUCAACAGGUGAACACACAAGAAGCGUUCCUGUGCCUUCCCUUCACUAUCCCAAGAUUAUCUUCAUCUUCGGAGGUGGCAUUCUUAACUGUUCAAGUGAGCAGUUCAAUAGCAACAGUCAGUAAACGGAAGACAGUGCUGGUGAAGAACUCAAGGAGUUUGGUUUUUAUGCAAACAGACAAACCUAUCUACAAGCCAGGACAGCAAGUUCAGUUUCGUAUUGUUGCUGUGGAUGAAAAUUUUCACAUCCAGAAUGAGAUGUUUCCACUGGUGUACAUCGAGGACCCCCAAAAGAAUCGUAUCAUGCAGUGGCAGAAUCUCAAGUUAGAGAGAGGUCUCACGCAGCAGUCCUUCACCCUCUCAUCAGAACCCAUCUAUGGCUCCUACAAAGUGGUGGUGGAGAAGAAAUCAGGAAGAAAGAUAUCGCGCUUCUUUAAAGUGGAUGAAUAUGUAUUGCCCAAAUUUGAGGUGCAGGUCAAGAUGCCAAAUAAAAUCAUGAUCUCGGAUGAAGAGUUUACGGUGUCAGUCUGUGGAAAAUACACUUAUGGGGAGCCUGUUUCAGGUCUGGCAACUGUGAAUGUUUGCAGGAAGUUCACGCAGAAUUAUGGCUGCUAUGGCAAAGAAUCAGAGAGUAUCUGCGAAGAAUUCAGCAAGCAGGUAAAUGGUUUAGGUUGCAUGUCCCAAAUAUUAAAAACCAAGAUUUUCCAAUUGAAGAGAGAUGAGUUGUUCCAGAUGAGCCUUCAAGCAACUGCCAAGAUCACAGAGGAUGGGACAGACGUGGAAUUGACUGGAACUGGAUCCAGUGAAAUCACGGAGGUCCUGAGCAAAGUCUCAUUUGUAAAUGUGGAUUCACAUUACAGACACGGACUCCCUUUCUUUGGGCAGGUGCUCCUAGUGGAUGGGAAAGAUGCUCCCAUCCCAAAUGAGCUUGUUUAUAUCAUUAUAAUGGAAUCUAACAGUCACAAUGUCAAAAACUAUACCACUAAUGCCCAAGGCCUGGUACAAUUCUCUUUUGAAACGGACAACUACACUUCUCCCUCCAUCAGACUCUCAGUCAAACACAAAGAUGACAUGGAAUGCUAUGGAUACAUGUGGAAAAGAGCCCAAUACAGGAUGGCACAGCAUACCCUGAAGCAUGUUUUCUCCUUAAGUAAGAGCUACAUCUACAUUGAACCUAUAUUUGACACCUUGACCUGUGGACAAAACCAGAAUAUUCAGGUUCACUACAUACUGAACCCAAAGACCUUGGAGGAACUAAAGGAGGUCACCUUCUAUUAUCUGGUCAUGGCCAAGGGAUUUAUUGUUCAAUCAGGGAACCAUGUGCUGCCUGUAACACCCAGCAAUGUCAAAGGAAUAUUUCCCCUUACUUUCCUUGUGGAAUCAGCCAUUGCUCCUAUUGCCCGGAUUCUUGUCUAUACCAUUUUACCAGAUGGGGAAAUUAUUGCUGAUUCUAAGAAGUUUAACGUUGAAACCUGUUUUGCCAAUAAGGUGAAUUUAAGUUUUUCAUCACCAAAAAGCCUUCCAUCCACGGUCACCCACCUGAAGGUAAUAGCCUCUCCUCAGUCCCUCUGUGCCCUGCGGGCAGUAGAUGAGAGUGUCCUUCUCCAGCAUCCUGAAAAGGAGCUUACUCCCAACUCGCUAUAUGAGCUGCUAUCUGUGAAGGAUCUUACCGGAUUCCCUCAAGGUGUAAAAGGGCACGAAGAAGAUUCUGAAAAAUGUGUCCAUUUCAAGAAUAUCUUUAUAGAUGGAGUCAGCUACGCCCCUGUGAUGAAUAAUGAAGAAGAUGAUACUUACAACUUCCUAAAAGAAAUGGGCUUAAAGGUAUUCACUAAUGCAAAGGUCAAGAAGCCCCAUUUCUGCAUGCCCCAUACCCCACCCCCAGCUGCUUACCUAGAAUAUGGACGUGCAGUUCCUUUGGUAGGAGCUGCAGGUGUAGGAGACUUAAGACACCAGGCAAGAUUCCGUACAAAUACUGUAAUUGUGGAAGAACAAAAGGACUCCCCAGUUGAGACUGUGAGAAAGCAUUUCCCUGAGACCUGGAUCUGGAGCUUGGUAGUACCAGAUUCAACAGGUGAAACUGAAGUGGAAGUGAAUGUCCCCGAUACCAUCACUAAAUGGAAGGCUGGAGCAUUCUGCCUGUCAGACAACACAGGAUUUGGUCUCUCCCCUCCAACCUCUCUCAUAGCCUUCAAGCCUUUCUUUGUGUCUCUCACCCUACCCUAUUCUGUGAUUCGAGGAGAGGCUUUCACACUCAAGGCCACUGUCUUCAACUACCUGCCUCACUGCAUCCGGGUUAAAGUACAGCUAAAAGACUCUUCCAUGUUUGUGGCUGUUCCCAAAGAAAAAAAUGAAGAGUCUCACUGCAUCUGUGGAAGUCAUCAUCAAACAUUUUCAUGGGCUGUGACUCCCAAAUCAUUAGGAAAAGUGGCUUUUUCUGCAAGUGCAGAAGCAGUGGAAUCCCAGGAAAUGUGUCAUAAUGAGAAGGCUAUUGUUCCUGAGAGUGGAAAGAAGGAUACGGUCAUCAGAGAUUUGUUAGUCGAGCCUGAAGGGAUUGAAAAAGAGGAGGCUUUCAACUCCAUGCUUUGUCCAACAGAUGCUGAGCUGUCUGAACAAAUAUCCCUGAAACUCCCACCAAAUGUUGUGGAAGGAUCAGCCAGAGCCUAUUUCUCAGUUUUGGGUGACAUCCUUGGAUCUGCAGUACAAGACACUCAAAAUCUCCUCAAGAUGCCCUAUGGCUGUGGAGAGCAGAAUAUGGCCCGGUUAGCUCCCAACAUUUAUGUCCUGAAUUAUCUGAAUGAAACACUCCAGCUGACACCAGAGAUCAAGGCCAAAGCAAUUGGAUUCCUCCAACAUGGUUACCAUCAGCAGCUGAUCUAUAAGCACUCAGAUGGCUCCUACAGCACCUUUCGCCAUAGCGAGAGUAAUACCUGGCUUACUGCCUUUGUGCUGAAGUCCUUUGCACAGGCUCAGGCACACAUCUUCAUAGAUGAAACUCAUAUCAAGGAAGCCCUCUUCUGGCUAUCGCACCAACAGAAAGAAAAUGGCUGUUUCCGAAGCUCCGGUUCACUAGUACACAAUGAUCUUAAGGGUGGAGUAGAAGAUGAGUUGACGCUCUCUGCAUAUAUCACCAUCGCUCUGCUGGAGAUGCCUCUUGAAGUCACUCAUUCUGUUGUUCGAAAUGCACUUUUCUGCCUGGAAACAGCUUGGAAGAUACAACAAAAUGAAGUCCACAAAAACAGUGCCUACACCAAAGCCUUGUUGGCUUACGCCUUUGCCCUGGCGGGAAAUGAGGCCAGAAAAAAAGAGCUGCUCUUGGCGUUGGACAAGGAUGCUGUGAAGAAAGACAACUCGGUCCAUUGGGAGCGCCCAGUGAGACCCCAGGCACCAGCAGGAUUUCAAUCUCUGGCUCCCUCUGUUGAAGUGGAGAUGACUUCCUACGUACUCCUUGCUUACCUCACUGCCCUUCCUGCCCCAUCUCCUGAGGAUAUGACUAUGGCAUCUCAAAUCGUGAACUGGAUCGCCAAGCAGCAGAAUCCACAUGGAGGAUUCUCUUCUACUCAGGACACAGUGGUUGCACUCCACGCCCUGUCCCGAUAUGGAGCACUCACUUACAGUAAACAUAAAGAACCUACAGAGGUGACCUUCCAAUCUUCUAAAGACUUUUCUCAAAAAUUCCAAGUGCAUCCUGCCAACCUCCUACUCCUACAGCAAAUCUCCUUGCCAGAGGUCCCUGGAGAGUACACCGCAGGCGUGAAAGGGAAAAGAUGUGUGUAUCUUAAGACAUCUCUGAGGUACAAUGUCCAUGUGAAAGAAGAGGAUUCUCCAUUUCAUCUGCAAGUGCAGACCAUUCCCCCAACCUGUGAUUCUGCAAAAGCCCAUAGAACCUUCCAGAUCUCAUUUAAUGUCAGUUACAAAGGAAAUCGUCCUUCUUCCAACAUGGUCAUUAUUGAUGUGAAGAUGGUGUCAGGUUUCAUCCCUGAAAAAUCAUCUGUGAAGAUGCUUGUGAAAUCCGGCCGCCUGAGCAAGACAGAAGUGACCAGCAAUCAUGUCUUGCUCUAUGUGGAAAAGUUGACCAAUGAGACACUGUCCUUUUCCUUCACUGUGAACCAAGAUAUUCCAGUAAGAGACCUGAAACCAGCUGUGGUGAAGAUCUAUGAUUACUAUGAAACGGAUGAAAUGGGUUUUGCUGAGUACCAAGUCCCCUGCAGCACAGAUUCAAACCAAGGAAAUGCUUAAGAUCCAUGUGUAAGCACAAGACUCAGAAGCUUUGGUUUCCAACCUCUCCCAACCCAGAAAAGAUGGUUUCUUUCACCAAAAAGAAAUAAAAUCUUGUUGAAUAAAUGUGUGCUUAGAGGAAA